AUGGUCGCCCCUCUCUACACCACCGCCUCUGGGCUCCUGUUUCACGCAGGUAAGAUCCUGGUUAUCACCAUCGGACUUCCAGCAAGAGGAAAGACCCACAUAUCGCGCGCGCUCGAGCGGUACCUGCGUUGGAUGGGCGUCAAAACCCAGGUCGUCUCUCUGGGCGACUACCGACGCAAGACGCUUGGCGGCGCACAGAAGCUGCCCCCCGACUACUUCACGCACGGUGAGAAGAGUCCUGAGACGGACGCGCUGAGGAAGAAGGUUCAGAAUGGGUGCGAGAAGCUGAUUUGGGAUUACUUUGAAAGCGGAGGACAGGUUGUUAUCUACGACGCGAAUAACGGCACUAGAGCGGCGCGUCAUGCUCUUGCGGAGAAAUUCGACAAAGCAGGCAUACACGUUGUAUUGCUCGAAUCGUUGUGCGAUAAUAAGGAAAUCAUCGAGACGAAUAUCCGGAAUGUGAAGAUAUCAUCUCCAGAUUACAAAGGCUGGGACCCAGAUCUCGCUGUCCAAGAUUACUACACACGAAUUCGCGGGCACGAGGAAUACUACGAGACAGUUGAAGAGCGCACUUGGCCAUACAUCAAGAUUAUCAACGUCGGAGAGAAGAUCAUCUUAAAUGACAUCCAAGGAUAUCUUCAAUCGCGCAUCGUUUUCUUCCUCAUGAACAUCCACAACAGAUUCCGUACCAUUUACUUUGCACGAUCUGGCCAAUCUCUAAUUGAACAUUCAUACAAAGCUGACUCCGACCUUUCGCCCGCUGGAUGGGAGUACGCGGAAAGACUUAAGGACUUCGUUCUCGAACGACGCGCAAAGAGCCUCGAACAGAGAGGAAUUGAUCCUUCGGAGAGGAAAUUAGUGAUCUGGACCUCGACACGGAGACGCGCACACCACACCGCAUGGCCUUUCGUCGCCUCGACCUCCUCGUCUUCUCAACUUUCUCAGUCUUCCAUUCCGCCGCACAUUCCUGUGGAUACUAUUGAAACGCUCAAAGAAUCUCCAGAGCUCCUAUCCACCUCGCCCGACUCGAUCCUUCCAUCCGAACCUCUCUCCCGAGGACCACCGAUGCCUACUACUGCUCCAGUGAAGAAAUCACCACCUUUGCCUUCUCAGAUCAAGAUUGUCGAGAAGCCGCAGAUGCUCGAGAUCAAUCCCGGGAUUUGGGAUGGUCUGAGCCCUGAGCAGGCGAAGAAGUAUUAUCCUGAGGAUUGGGAUAGAUUCACGAAAGACCCCUAUUCAUACAGAGCUCCAAGAGCAGAGAGUUAUCACGAUCUAAGUGUUAGAAUAGAGCCUAUACUAAUUGAGCUGGAGCGGGAACAAGAAGAUCUCCUCAUCAUUGGACACGCGUCCGUCAUCCGCUGCCUGCUCGCGUACCUCAUCGGGCUGCCCGCGUCCGAAAUUCCCGCCAUCGAGAUUGCGCGCGGCGACCUGCUCGAAGUCGUGCCGGCCUCAUACGGCGUGCACAGUCAUGCGUUCCACUUCUGGGACGGCCCAGGGCGCCGCGGGGAGGGCGACCACGAUAUCGGUAAGGACGCGAACAACUUUUAUGAGAAUUACGCGGAGAGUACCAAGGGGAAGCGCAAGGUCGCGGUAGAGGAGGCACACGGGCACGAGCUUGCGGCCGGUGCGCAGAAUGGAGGUGUCGACGUGGACAAGACGCCCGUAGUUGAGAAGAAGGCAUUUGUGCCAGACACGCCGACGAUUAACGUCGUGCGGUUAGAUCUAGGAGCGUAA